AUAAUAAUUUUGUUAUUUCUAUAGUGCAAAAUCCAUUAGAUAUAUGAUCUAAUACACUUAGAUCAUAAGGGUUCAAUAUUCCAAUGAAUUGCUCUCUUUGCUCCCAUGAAUUGGUUCCAUGGAGGAAGCUUGGAGUGAGAUAAAAGAUUGGACAUAGGGAACUACAGAGAUCAAUGCAAAAUUGAAUGACCUUCAUCUGUACUACGAGAUUUGUAGAAAACAAAAUGAAUACAGUGAAAAUGUGAAACAAAACAUCAGGUAGAAGUUUUGCAUUGUAGACUAGGUGCAAGUGUAAAAAAUCCAUUUGCAAAAAAAAAGAAAAAACCAGGGUCCAAACUCUGUAGAAAAUAAAGAAAAGAAUGCAAAGGUGGGAGAGGAAAAGGAAAAUUGUAAUCAGAAAUUCAAAAAUGAAAGAGAUUUUCUCCAGCGAGCACAAAACAGAAUUCCACUGCAAAGAGGAUAACUCAGGUUCCUGUGCUGCUUUAAGCUUUUUCCUCAGUUGAAUUGUUUUAAUCACAGUUACAGUAGGUAAUGGUGUAAAGCAUGUUAAUGUCAAUUUAAUAUUUGGUACUUGACAUGAUAUGACAGAGUUCAAGGAUACCGUAUCAGAUUCUACAUGUGAAUCAUCUUCCCUUGACCUGGAUAUCUUUGCCCCCAGCAUGACGCAAGCCUCAGAUGCAAAGUCAGACUCCAAAGGCUUGUACGAGACAGACCUGUUGGGUCUGGAUAUUUUCUCAUCAUCAGUGGAACCUCAAAAAUUGGACAGCCCUAAGCUGCAAAAACCAUCAGAUACAAAUAGAGUGUGGCAACAUGGAGGAGUCACCAUACCUCUCACAUCACAACAACAAAGAGCACCACUGAGUGCUGCUGCCAAGGCUGUUUUCAAUGAUCUUGAAGAUUUAAGUUUCAUGGGUUCAUCAGUUCUUAUGUUUCCCUUGAAGGCUGAAUAAUUUACCAAAUAAUUAUGGAACAUAUGAUAUUCAUACGAAUUUGAAUUUGAAGACAUUAUUUUAUAAUCAAAUUAUAGGAAAUGUAGAGCCUUAUGCAUGUUAUCUAUGUCUCCAGGAGAAGGAUGAAGUGAUUUUAUGUUAUGCUCUAACAUUGGAAAAUUAGAGGUUAAAAGCCAAAGUCUUAGGUUUAGAAUCCUGACAGAAAUUUUAGCAAUUCCUAAUUUUCCCUCUCUAUUUUGCUGGGUAGUCUUUUGAGGAGAAAUUGCUCGGCUUGAUUACAGUAUUUUCCAGAUUAUAAGGGGCAGCUUUUUUCAGUAAAAACCUGUCUGCCAUAAUUGAAUAUUUUCCGAAAAAGAAAGAAGGGGUAUUUGGAUUUUUAUACUGUCAAAGGGUAAGAAUGAUGAAGUAGAGGAAAUGGGUUUGAUGUCAGUGUGAAAAUUGUUUGUAACUUAUAGAUGUAGGUUUACCUUCACUUAAAAAUUACAGAAAUUCUUUAUUAAACCAAACAAAUUGUAGGAAAUUUGGAGGUGAAGUUGGCAUUAGGGCAGAUGUUCAUGCAUCUGUUUUUUUUUUUUUUUUUUUUUGUUUUUUUUUUUUCAAAAUAAUUAUUUCUCCCAGUUAAUCAAAUAUCAUAGGAUUUGGCUCAAUAUCAAGGGAAUGUCUGAAGGUAAUUAAAAAGGUGUAAAAAAUGAGUCUUACAUUUUUAUUUUAUAAGAUUAAAUUUGCCAUCUGUGUUAUAAUAGUAUGUAAAUGUGCAGUAGAGCCAACUGCAUGCUUUUCUGUGCCAACUAUAUUCUUACAGACCUUUACUUCUUCUUCCUUGUGGGGUGUUUGCCAAAAAUAGAUUGUGCAAACAAGUUGUCUUUUUAAAGACUAAGAUUAUAAAUCCAAAUUGUCAGCUUAAUUUAACUAAAAGUGCAUGACACAGAAAAAUGAUCCCCACAACAUGGUGGGGGUAGUAGGUAUUGGAAACAAAAUCUGUUCAAUACCAGUUAUCUCAGUGCCGGUCAAAUUAUUUUGAUUACAUUUCCAAGCACUUGGAUGACAUAGCUAUACAGACAGUAUGUCCGAACUAUAUAAAAGUGAUUGCUUGGGUAAAAGCUUGAAUUUCUGGGUGUAUGUUUUUUUCUUUGUUGCAGCAGCUGUUAGCUUAACUGUGAAUUUUUGUGUGGACCCUGUUCAUUUUCUAAAAUCUGCAAUGGGGAACUGCAUUAUUUGCAGCUCUAAGAAACCAAUGAAUUGUUUUUUGCCCAUAUCUUUGACUUGGUUCCAUUGCAAGGUUGCCUCCUUCACAUUUGCUCCUACUGUGAUAAAUUUCGUACCAUCAAGCACAAACAACCUGAGUGGUACCUCCUGUCUAAUGGUUAACCUGUCAUGGCAGGGGUACACUUGAUUACUCAACAUACCAUCAAUCUAACUUAUAUAAAGUUUUGUUUAGCAAAAUGAAAAGCAUAGAGAAUCUUAUUUUUAUUAUACCUUAGUAUUAAAUGAUAUCUGUUAAUAACUCAGUAUGUAUAAUAGCCUCAAAAUAGAAUAAAAUUCACUAUGUAAAGCUAUACUGUAAUUAUUUUCAACUAACUACAAACUUCCCAAGUGUAGUGGGAAUUUAAAGGCUGUUUAACUAGUUAUUAAUGCAGAAGAUGAGUGAAGUAUUGAUAAUUAAGAGAAGAUAUUGUGAAAUCUCCUUGGAAGCCAUUUGGUUUCACCAUGCAACACAAUUUUACCCUGAGAUUUAGUUGCAUGGCAAAAAAACAAACAACAGCUAGAAAGGAGAAUAGGUUGAUUAAACUGGCCUUGAGACAUUUGCAUCAAGAGGAACUAGAUUCAUAAAAAUAUUUUGCCAAAGGUAAACACAAUAAAUUUUGCAAUUUUUGAUCUAAGAGUUAAAGGAGGCAAAUGUUAUUCUGUAAAUUCAAUUGAUUAAACAAAAUGAAAACAUGAGA